GGCAUAAUAAUGUAGGCAUAAUGUAGGCACAAUGUAGGCAUAUUGCUGCCUGCCGGCAUAGCUUACGUGAAGUCGCCCCCAAUCAUACCCCUACUUCCUCUUGUGCUGUUAUGCCCAGUGUGCCCAGUAUGCUACCGGUAUUUGUCGCAGCCGGGCCACGGCGAUCUCACAUCGAACCCCCGGUCUCUUACGCAAUGGUCUUUAAUGUUACUGCCCGAGGUACGCGCAAAUGUCAUAGGGGAGUGGGAUAAUCCUACACAGCUGCCAAAUACCGUAAGGGUGCAUAAAUAUAAAUACUCCCCUCGCCCCAAUUGGCUAAAGGUGCUGAUAAAACUGCAUCCUACACCAGUCAGAUUAUCGCCUUCUGUGUUCUUUGCAUCUGUCAAUAUAUCUCUAGGAACAUGAAACCCUUGAUCGACUUCUACAACUGGGUUUAGAAGAUUCUUCUCCUGCACACAAACAGCAACAGAGAAGUGAUAAUUUCUCUCACGUUAUUUGCCUACGUCGUCUUGUGAGAAAACGGAUACAGGGUAACUAUGACAGCCACGAAAGGAACCUCGAUCCCUUGGGCGCAGGAUGAUGGCUGGGACAAACAUCGUACAACCAUCAUGGAUCUGUAUAUACGUCAGAGGAAGACGUUGGAAGAAGUGAAGCAAAUCAUGGAAGACAGAUAUGGUUUUCGUGCCACUGGGAAGAUGUACAAGACGCGCUUCAAGAAAUGGAACAUCAUGAAGAACAAGAAGCAAAAGAAAGUUCUCUCAGAGCGAUUCGAGACCGAUCGUAAGAUCAGACAUGUCGGGGACAGCAGGGUAUGUUCGCAAAGAGGCCAACUGUCCAAGCGAGCGACCGCUACCGAUAUGAAGAAGACACUGGUCACGAGACACAACUCUUCGCCCACCUCUAUAUUUCUACAGACCCAACCAACGAUACUAAGCAUGGCGGCCCCUGACUUCUAUAAAGCCCCCGAAGACUCUUUCCGCUUUACCCAGGUGUAUCACAGCACAGUCAAGUGCUUACAUCCGGCUGCCUCGGGUGACACACUCGUGUGUUCACGCAUGAUAGAGAAGUUGGCCGAACAUAUGACGACUGCGAAAAUGCUAUGUGCCCUUGGCUACAAAACAAUAGCCUUACGGCUAGUUGACAUGUGCUGCCACAUGUACAAAUCGAUUUUGACCUCGCGAGACUUGUCGGCACCACACAUUACCGGCGCGGCUAUUAUAGCGCUUUCCCAUGUUGAGACCAACGCUGCGAAAGCCUUCCUAUGCUUUAUCUCCAAGAUGUCACAGAUCGUCCUCGGAGGAACUCACCCGCUGAGUAUCCUUUUCCAUAAAUUGGCGGCGGUGGGGGUAGACAACAUGGUUCGUUGUAUAGCAGCCUUGUUUACAUAUUAUCUGGGCGCUCACAAAUAUGUCGGGUCACGGCCAUACAUCUACAGCGGAGAAUGGUAUCGCGACGUGAUCAAGGCAAAUAUUAUUAAUGUGAAAAGCCUACUCCGCGAACUCCAACCCCUCCAGCGUCACCUCCAAUAUCACCUACAACAGUACGAACAGGGCCAGCCAGACAGCCAGUCUAACCUCGCUCACUCGGGUGCUUUACGUUGUCGCAUUGCCUGGAUACACUACUACGCCGGAAACUACAAAGAGGCCACCGAAGUAGCUUCUGCAGUCCUGAAUGGACCUGAGGUCGACGGCCGUGUCGUCAGCGGAUGUGGCUGCUACGAGAUAUUGUAUGGGAUUGCAAUGGCUGAGGAGAACUACGAUAGGGCUCUCGAGCUACUACGAGAAUCAGUUGAGGCUUCCGCCAAGGCUUACGGCCACGCUCACAGUAAAACCGCGGAGAAGAUGGAGCGAUUGGAGUCUCAUCUACGCAGUCGAGGCCAAGUGGAUGAAGCUGAUGAAGUCCGAAGAGACUUGAAGUCCCGAAUGGAACAAAUAUGCGAGGAAAUCCAGCGCUUACGUCUCGGAGAUGACGAUAUUCAACUGCUGUUUACGUAAACGAGAAGGGUAAUCAAGAUUGGAGGUAUAUUGAGAUGUAUAUAAAGAUGAUGCCUCGAGGAUAUGAAGAGUAGUAAUGAAUACGUCAUAGGAAAAGCUUCCCCAAAUUAAGGACACGAGGCAUCGCAAAAGGAUUAGUCACUGU